AUGAAGCUCCUCAUUAUCGUCAAUGCCCUUAUGGUGGCCCUUUUCAGCCACGUCGCGCUCGGUUUCGCCAUCGAGAGAUCUUCUCUGACGGCCCGCGAUGACAAGAACGGAACCGUCUCGACGGCCUUUGGGGAUGUCGUCAGCUCUUUCCAGCCAGAUGGCAAGCACAAGAUCGAGUUUUAUAGCGAGGGUGCUCUUGAAGUGACUGCCCUUGAGCAGGACGACGGUAGCGUUGCAUUCUAUGAUGUCGAUGGCAAGGUGAUCGAUCUCACCGACAUCGAGGAGGAUGACGACUUGCUCCAGAAGCGAGCCUCGAAGUUCCAGCUCGCUUGGCGCUUUGCUAAGUUGAUUGCCAAGUAUGGUAAGAAGGCGUGGACGUUCAUCUACUGCGUUGGCACUUCGCCUUUCUGGAGAUGCGGUGAUGAGUUCCUGGACUGUGCUGCCGGUGGCCGUGCUCCAUGGUCGUGCCCCGAGGGUGGAAUUUGCCUUGGCCAUGCCAUCUACAAGCACUGCAAGUGA